AUGGAUGAACAGAGAUACUGCAGAACCAAAGAGUCAACAGUAUCAGUUGUUGAAAAGGUUGCUGUUGUAACUCCACUACAGACGUUCACUGAGCAACAGGUGGAUACUGGCCUUGGCAGUGAUCGUGCCAAAUUCCAAGCAGCCACUAAAGGCUCUGUAUUUACUGCAGCAUUUCUUUUUUAUCAUCCUCAGUAUGGUGCCUGUAAGAGGGAAGAAGGGCCUGCGUCAUCCUUGAUAUCACGGCCUGUUUUCGAAAAAGAUCUAUUGGUUGUGCCAGAAGAAUCUAAAAUUGAUUCUAAUGCUCUAUUGCAUCGAGUUGAUUCCGAUUUUCGAGCCAGUUCGAAAUUGGAGCUGAAUUCAUCGAAUGAGGAGCAUAAUAAAUCUAGUACGAAGAUCUCCAUAGGCUCCCAGCAGUUUAUAUCAGUCGGAAAUCAAGAGAAUUUGAGGUCAUCAAAAAACUGUGAGAAAAACAGCACUGGACGCAUUUUUUCCACCAAUAGUUCCGACAAAAAAACGAGAGUUGUUGAAAGUGUGGGAAUCAGCUAUCAAUUAACUGAUAACUGCGGAACAGGGUGUAAAUCAUUAAAGACUUCCCCAGCUGAUAAUAAUACACCGAAUAUUGAAGUGUCGACUUCAGCCACUUACAAAAUAAUGCCAGCAGUUGAGCAUACUUCACCAGAAUUAUGCACAAGUAAGGAUUCAGUGGAGAAGUAUGUCAGUAACGAAAGCAUAGCAACCAGUAAUUGGGAUCCAACACUUCUCUUAAACAAGCUAUACGAGGUCAGUUAUGAGCCACGCAAGGAAUCAAAACUUAACCGUUUCACUAAUAUGGAAGGGCAUCUCGAAGUUCCCGUGGAUGACGAGAGUAUAUACGCCGAAUUGCAAAGAAAUUGGGUGCAAAAAUAUUUUCGGACUAGAGAUGGACGCUUGCAGUGGUUUGCUUCACAUUUCGCAGAUGAUACACCGGUCGGAGAAGUGCUGCUUUCCGGCUGUGAAGUAGAUGCCAACAGGGAUGAAAAUGCGCUUUAUAUACACGGCGGAAAGAGUCAUAUUAGAAUGGUGUUGAGGAUUCCACCAGGAGCCAAUGUAUUUGAUAAAUGGAGGAAGGCUAUGAACAGUCAUGCGGCUUCAUCGUAUCUUGAUACAUUUGUUAAUCCUGUUUAUCCUCCACUGCCUCAUAUCACCGAGAAAGUUGCUAUUAUUGAGCUCGGAUCGUGCUCAAUGAGAGCUGGUGUAUUGACAAUGGAACCUUCGCUACCACAAUCGUUUUUUCCAACAGUGGUUCUUGUUAAAGAUGAUGGUAAAUUCAUUGUUGGUGGUGAUGCAUUGCUACCUGAGAAUCGUCGCAAGGGUAGACUGAUAAGGCCACUACGCACAUCGGAUAUUUCAUUGGAUCAGUAUGUAUUUCACCGACCAGCUUUGAAAGCUUGUUUGCAGAAAUGUGUCGAUGAUCUGAAGAUCGAUCCGACCAAGUAUCGGGUUUUGCUCUCAAUCCCGCAGAAUAUUCCUACUGCUCUUAUUGCGGAUUUACUAAAAAUUGUUUUGGAAGAAAUGUACUUCCAGGGUACAGCAGUAUCACGUCAGCCGAGCCUCGUAUUAUAUGCCUACGACGUAGCUACUGGUGUCGUCGUUGAUAUCGGCGAUUGUGUCAAUAUUGUGCCAGUCAUUGACGGUUAUGUUGUCGAUAGUGCGAUCGUAUCAUUGCCGUGUGGUGCGACUCAAAUUAUUAAUGCUUUACAAGCAAAACUUAUGGAAUCAUGCUCUGGCGGUUACACUUUCCAAUCGUCAGUUGAAAUGCUCAUUUCGCGUUUUGUUAUGGAGCAGGCAUGUUUUGUUGCUACUGAUUAUGAGGAAGAAGUUAAAAAAUGUGCGAAUAAUAGUUGCGAUAUAGAUGCGGUCGUUUCGAUUGAAGAAUUUGAACCAACCAGUGAAAUGAUACAUUCGUUCAAGAUAAAUUCUGCUCGCUUCACUACAACUGAGGGUUUAUUCAAACCGAAAAGGUGGGGUCUUGAUACGAAAGCUCUCCAUCAGCUAGUAUUUGAAGCCGUACAGUCAUCGCCUAUUGAUAGUAGGAAAACUUUGUUCAGGAAUAUAUAUCUGGCUGGUGGGGUCUCUUUACUUCCUGGUUUAGCCGAAAGAUUGGAAAUAGAAGUGGCAUCACUUGUGGCACCGAUUAUACACACCCAAGUCCAUCUUUCACCGUGGAGGUACAAUGCAGCUUAUCUGGGCGCACAAGUGAUUGCCUCAAGUACUCAGUUUGGUCAGACUUGUAUUACACUUGAAAGUCUCAGUGAUUUUCUUCAUCAGUUGCAGAAUUCCAUCUUUUAGUUGUUGCUAUAAAUAACUUCCAGUCAAAAUUUUUUGUAGUUGUCAAGACGUGACUGAUCAUAUUUUCAAUAUAUCGGAUUAAUCAACUUUUAAUAACUCGCUGUACUUACAGUAUUUGAUAUUAUAAAAGAUCUUGUCAUAAGUAUCACUUUGCAGUUACUACCACCGUAUUGCCAUUCACUGCCUGCUAAUGUGAUAUCGCUUAAUGAUCAUCAGUAAAUGCUUUGCUGUUGUUCUCAACUGAAAAGAAUAUUGUAUGAAAUAUGUUGAGGUGCUCUAACGUAAAUUGCAUUCGUGAGUGAUUUGAUUUAGGUUCUUCAUAUCAAAGAAUUUGAACUCGCAGAAUUCCGCAAUUGAAACAAUCAGAAUUCUGGAAUAAAGGAAACAAUUUGGAGUGCAACACAACUUUUGCACUAGUUAACUUCUUGUAGCUGUAAUUUUGUCUUUUUUCGGUUGUUUUUGGCUAAAAUCUGAUGUGAUUAAAAUCACUUUAAGUAAGCUUACUACGAACUAUUUCAGCGCGAGUGACUGUUUUAUUUUUUGUUUUGUCGCACUUGCAGAAUAAAGC